AACUCCUCACUAAGUAACUCUGCUGAUUACGUGUCCUGAUUAGGACUCCAAGUGAGCACUGGUCAGAGUCUGGGUUGAAGACAGCGAGCCGGGACCAUGACCACCCUGUCUCCCGAGAACAGCCUCUCAGCCAUGCGGUCAGCCUCCUUCAUCCUGGUGAAGAAAAAGCCCCCCAUCGACAAGACGGAAUGGGACGGCUUCUUUGACGAGAACGGGCACUUGGCCAAGUCACGGGACUUCAUCUGUGUUAACAUCCUGGAAAGAGGCCUGCACCCUUCUGUGAGGACGGAAGCAUGGAAAUUCCUCACGGGCUACUACUCGUGGCAGAGCUCCCUGGAUGAGCGCCUCACGGUGGACAGCACCAGGAGGAAGAACUUCCAGGUCUUGUGUGGCAUGUACGAGAAGAUCCAGCCCCUGCUGGAGAACCUGCACCGGAACUUCAUAGAGACUCGGAAUAACAUUGUGUGUGACAUCCAGAAACUAUAUGACAAAGACGCCCUGGGCAACGUCCUCAUCGACAAGAAGAAGCUGGAGAAAAUUCUCCUCCUGAGUUACGUCUGCAACAUCCAGGCAGAGUACCAGCCAGGCUUCCACGAGAUGGUGAUGCUCUUCCAGCUGAUGGUGGAGCAGGACCACGAGAUCUUCUGGCUGUUCCAGUUCUUCCUGCAGAAAACGGAACACAGCUGUGUCAUCAACAUCGGUGUGGCCAAGAACCUGGACAUGCUCAACAACAUCAUCACCAUCAUGGACCCCUUGUUUGCGGAGCACCUGAAAGGGAAGGGCGCGGGGACCGUGCAGGCCCUCUUCCCCUGGUUCUGCUUCUGCUUCCAGCGCGCCUUCAAGUCCUUCGAUGACGUCUGGAGGCUCUGGGAGGUGCUGCUGACGGGGAAGCCCUGCAGGAACUUCCAGGUGCUGGUGGCCUACAGCAUGCUGCAGAUGGUGCGUGAGCAGGUGCUGCAGGAGAACAUGACCGGGGAUGACACCCUCCUGGCCUGCAACAAUCUCAUUGACCUGGACGCUGAGGAGCUCAUCUCCGCAGCCUGCGUGGUGUACGCUGAGCUCAUGCAACGUGAGGUCCCUCAGCCACUAAAGGACUUCCUCCUCUGAGGGCCCCAGCAUCCACAGCGGAAAGCCGCCCCCGGGAGCAGGAUGACCAUGGCUCUUUAGUCGCGAGGGCCAGAUCAACCAAGCCUACAGGGCGCCGGGCUGCGGGAGUAGGUAAUACAGC